UUUGUGAACGACGCGUCAGUAGUUUCCCGGGGUAACCGGUGACCCACUGAAUAGCGCUGAAAUGAAUUAGCAUGUCAGCUAGCUGUAUUAGCAUAACACUUAUAUAGCAAAUACGUUUUAUUCGCCGCUAUGCAAUUAUUUAACAUGGAAAAAGCCUGAUAUUUUUUCUUGCUAGUUAGCCAGAUAGCUUAUGGGACAGCGAGAUAUUUCCACCAGCUAGCAUUAGUGCAUUAGUGCAUACCUACCUAGCAUUGUCUCUAGCUGUGUGUGUGUGUGUGUGUAAGCGCGUCUUUAGAAUCCUGAUAGUUUAAAGGUGUUUAAUACUAUUUAUUAAUUUGGUAAAAAUGUUCACAGAUGAAGCUCUUGAUAUUGUUGGGUUUCCGUCUACUUGGAAAAAAUGCCAACGACAGACUCAUGACUCGAAAACAUGUCAGACCAUGCCUGUUCACACAGCUGAGACUGAGACACAGGUCAGAAGUGUGUCAUGCAACAGCACACAGACUGAUCCUCCAGAGGACCUCGCUGAUCAGCUCACCCACCAAUCGGACCUGUCAGCUGAGCAGCCUGGGCUGAGGGAUUUCCUGCACCGUGUGGAGGACCUGGUCAUCCAGGAGCUGGUGAAGAACUCAAAGAGCCAUGCUUUUGAUGAAUAUGAAGUGAACUGGACUGAUCAGCAUGAGACAGUGUCAUGUUUAUUCAGUCUUGGGUACAGUGAGGCUCAGGACAGAGGGCUUCAGGUCACCAGUGUGUCCUGGAACUGCACUGGGUCUGUUAUAGCGUGUGCUUUUGGACGUGUAGAUGAUGGCGACUGGAGCACUGAGAAGUCGUACGUGUGCACAUGGAAUCUGGAUCGUAGCAGAGUGAACCCGAAACAGCCGGACAUAGUCAUAGAGACGGCAAAACCCGUCAUGUGCGUGUCCUUUCAUCCACUGCGGCCGUCUCUGAUUGCCGGAGGGCUGUACAGUGGAGAAGUGAUGGUGUGGGACACGAGUCGUGCUCAGGAUCCCGUUUUGGCUCAAACAGGGAUGUGUUUAGAUACACACAAAGAGCCAGUAUAUGAGGUGAAGUGGGUCCCAGGGCUUCGUCGAGGAGACAUGGCAGUUGUAAGUGCAUGUUCAGGAGGUCGAGUCCUGCGCUGGAGUGUAGACGGAGCAGAAGGUAAACUGACACUAACUGCUGGAUUUGCUCUCGUCAGGAAGCAACUCCCUGUGAGUCGAUCAGCCAGCAAGGUGAGAGGUGACACAGCUGUCGGUGUGAGUUCGCUUGCGCUUUCACCCUGGGACACAGACAUGUUCCUAGUGGGCACUGAGGGAGGUCUGGUGCUUAAGUGUUCCUUCAGCAGUCAGACAGUAGCAGCGGUGCCACCUAAUGGUGAGAGCGUGACACUACAUGCUCCUGCACAGUUCUGUUUCACACCACGAGCCGGGCCCGUCCAGUCGCUUCACUUCUCUCCCUUUCACAGGAACCUGUUUGUGAGUGUGGGGACGGACGGCUUGGCACAUGUCCACAGUGUCCUGCAGCCUGGUCCUCUGCUGUCCCUGCGCGUUUCUGACUCAUACGUGUUCGGAGUUCGGUGGUCACCUGUUCGGCCGCUAGUUUUCGUUGCAGUCACUGGGGAAGGUGUGCUGCAGGUGUUUGAUUUGGGUCAGAAGAGUCUCAGACCGGUUGCCACCAUUGAGCAGGACACUGGAGGUCAGGGUGCUCUGUGUGUGGAGUUUAACCAGCAUCAGCUCCUGGCAGUGGGGAACGCAGACGGUAAGGUGAACAUCUGGAGACUGAGUGCUGAGUUCACGGAGCAGCGGCCCAGAGAGAGCACCAUCCUGCAACAACUCGCAGAUGAUGUACCUGAGUGACACACAGUCCAGAACUGAGGUCUCCUUCCACUUUGUGACUUCGGUGUCUGAUCAUGUGGGAGAUUCAGGUGAAGAUUCAGACUCUAAAAGUGACUGGAAAAUUGUCACAUAUAUAUUUGUUUACUAGAAUAAAAAUGGCAGUUGGAAUUAU